GCGUCGCUAUAAAACAAAAUUAAGUCUGCGCGGUGCCACUCUGCGCUCCUGCGGGUCAUCAUCACAGAUUUAAUUGCAGACGUGUAUGACUGAAGCGCCAUAAUCGCUGUCUUUUUUUAUUUAUUUAUUUAAUGAAAUAAUACAAUUAAGAUGACGAUAUUUGAGAUGAGCAGUCAAGUUCUGGAGACCGCUGUGGAGAAACUGAGUCUGACGUCACUGGUGCUCGCGACAUCAGUGUUCACACUCACUGUAGGAUAUCUGAGCAAAGUGAUAUUUAAACAACAGAACACAGGAAACACAAAAUAUCCUCCUCAUAUUCCGUCCAGUGUUCCUUUCCUGGGUCACGCUGUGGCCUUUGGCCGGAGUCCUAUAGAGUUUCUGGAGCAGGCCUAUAAGAAGUAUGGUCCAGUGGUCAGCUUCACCAUGGUUGGAAAAACCUUCACGUAUCUGCUGGGAAGCGACGCGGCAGCAUUGAUGUUCAACAGCAAGAAUGAAGAUCUGAACGCAGAGGAUGUGUACGCGCGUCUCACCACACCUGUGUUUGGCAAGGGGGUCGCGUACGACGUGCCCAAUCCUCUGUUUCUGGAGCAGAAGAAAAUGUUGAAGACAGGACUGAAUAUCGCUCAGUUCAAGAGACAUGUGGAAAUAAUAGAAGAAGAAACCAAAGAUUAUUUCCAGCGAUGGGGACAAAGUGGAGAGAGAAAUCUGUUCGAGGCUUUAUCAGAGCUGAUCAUCCUGACGGCCAGCCGAUGUCUGCACGGCCGUGAGAUCCGCAGCAUGUUAAAUGAGAGAGUCGCGCAGCUUUACGCAGAUCUGGACGGUGGAUUCACGCAUGCGGCCUGGCUGCUGCCCGGGUGGCUGCCGCUCCCCAGCUUCAGACGGAGAGAUCAAGCGCACAUCGAGAUCAAAAAAAUAUUUUAUAAAGUCAUCACGAAGCGCAGAGAAGCUGAAGAGAAAGAAGAUGAUAUCCUGCAGACACUUAUAGACGCCAGAUACAAAGAUGGACGCUCCCUGACUGAUGAUGAGAUAGCAGGUAUGUUGAUCGGUCUGUUAUUGGCGGGACAGCACACAUCUUCUACCACCAGCGCGUGGAUGGGCUUCUUCCUCGCUCGUGACCGAGCUCUGCAGGAACGCUGUUACACUGAACAGAAAACUGUGUGUGGAGAAGAUCUCCCGCCCCUCCACUAUGAUCAGCUGAAAGAUUUGAGUUUGUUGGACCGCUGUCUGAAGGAAACAUUGAGACUUCGCCCUCCUAUAAUGACUAUGAUGAGAAUGGCCAAAACCCCACAGACUGUAGGUGACUACACCAUCCCUCCAGGACAUCAGGUGUGUGUGUCUCCAACAGUUAACCAUCGGCUUUAUGAUAGCUGGUCUGAACGUCUGGAGUUUAAUCCUGAGCGAUAUCUGAACGACAACCCUGCGGCCGGAGAGAAGUUUGCUUAUAUUCCUUUUGGUGCAGGACGUCAUCGCUGCAUUGGGGAAAAUUUUGCUUAUGUUCAGAUUAAAGUCAUUUGGUCAACUUUACUGAGGCUUUUUGACUUUGAGCUGGUGGACGGACACUUCCCUCCUGUCAACUACACAACUAUGAUUCACACACCUGACAAUCCCAUCAUCAGAUACACUCGCAGAAACACACAACAACGACCUACAACUACUAAACAACACUAAGGUCAUGUGUAUUAUUAAACACCAAUGAAAACAG